ACAAAAAACACACACAGGAAACAACUAAACAUGGGGGCGCUAUCAUCAUCAUCUUCGGCCCUUAUCCUCCGAAACAUCCUCCUCCGCCGUCCACCACCGCCGUUGUCAGCAACCCAUAUUUCCACUUUCACACACAUCCUUUCUUAUUCUAUAUUUCCAGUGCGUCAGAAUUCAAUAAUGGGUCAAACAUCUUCUAUAUCCCCUUUCAUUUCCAUAACUCCCAUUUCCCAUGUUCCCAGAUGCCUUUCCACCGUUGUUGAAAACAUCGAAUCAUUAAACGACACACCCGAAAACGUAGACGAAACACCCGAAAACAUAGACGACACCGAAACUGAAAUUCCAAGUGAGAAUGAAAUGAGAAUAAGGAACCAGCAUAAGGAAAUGAUGUCAAAAUUAAAAGAAAUUAGUGGGAAAGAGAAGAAAGAGUUGGGUUCUUAUGCUAAUAGUCUAGGUAAAAAACUUAAGUCUCAACAGAUUGGUAAAUCUGGUGUUACUGAUGCUGUUGCCAUUGCUUUGGUUGAAACCCUUGAAGCUAAUGAGCUUCUUAAGCUUAAAAUACAUAGCAAUUGUCCGGGAGAGCUAGAUGAUGUAGUGAGUCAAUUAGAAGAAGCCACUGGUUCAGUUGUUGUUGGUCGAAUUGGUCGAACCAUAAUCCUUUACAGACCCAGUCUAACAAAACUUAAAGCAGAAGAGAAAAAGAAACAGGCUUUGAAGGUUUUUCUCAAAAGAAGAGCAGCAUAUAAAGCAUCAUAUCAGGGGAAAAUGCAAAGUAGAGGACAGCCGUCGACACAAUCAAACCGAAAACCCUACCGACGAUCAAGAUGAUCAUCCGGCCAAUAUAAUGUCACAUUGUAACUUUUAAUUUAGGAUGGGCAACCCUUGAUAGGAGAAAAAUUUUGAUUCAGGAAUUACUAUCUACUACUAGCACAAUGCCUUUUGUAAACCUGAUCAGUAGUACAAUGGGUCUUAAAAAUUUGUCAUUUCUUGCAUGAUAGAAUGGAGAUGGUCAACAGCGUAACGUGGAUAUAAUAUGUGCAGAAUGUUUAUCAACCGCCUAGUAGCGGCUAUGGAAAGAUGGAAUAAACUUCAAAUAAUAUCAUAUUCAAGUUAUGCUCCUUGAA